AAGACGAAACUGCCCAUUUUGUUUAUGUCUUCUUUCAAGUCCUACAGAUUCUCAGACACCGGUUUUUAGAGACGGUUUCAAAGAUUAAAAUGUCGAAAUCUUCACCGGCGACCAAAAAGGCGAAGGAGGUGUCGCCGGAAACAAUUAAGCCCGACGAAUACUCCCAUAGCCCCGUCCACUAUGCUGUUGCAGUAGGCGAUCAUACAACCCUCUCACGUAUUGUAGCCUCUUUACCCCGGCUAGCCGACCCGACGAAGAUUCACUCGGAGUCAGACUCCUUAAACCAAGAGAGGCUUUCCGACCAAAUAGCCGCCGUACUCGAUCGGCGUGACAAUCCGAAGAGGGAGACUCCGCUACACAUCGCCGUCAGGACAAAUGACGCGUUCGCUGCACGUGCACUUGCCAACGCCGGUGCUGAUGUGUCUCUACAGAACGCAGACGGAUGGAAUGCGUUGCAGGAGGCUGUGUGUCGCCGGUGUACGGACAUUGUUGCGAUUCUUGUCCAAUACCACCACGUCUCUGCCUGGUCGAAGUGGCGCCGUCGUCUUCCCCGACUCCUCGCCGUCCUCCGCCGUAUGCGUGAUUUCUAUAUGGAGAUCUCGUUUCACUUCGAGAGCUCUAUUGUUCCAUUCGUCGGGAAGAUUGCGCCGUCAGACACCUACAAGAUCUGGAAACGAGACGGUAAUUUACGAGCAGAUACUUCGCUUGCUGGCUAUGACGGCUUGAAAAUUCAACGAGCGAAUCAGAGUUUUCUCUUCCUUGGCGAUGGUGAUCGGAAUUUAGACAUUCCGUCUGGUUCGUUGCUUGUUCUCAAUCACGACGACCGUAAAAUCUUCGACGCCUUCGAAAAUGCCGGAUCUCCAUUAAGUGAUUCCGACAUCGCCGGAUUCUGUGCUCAGACGAGCGUUUACCGUCCAGGAAUGGACGUAACGAAAGCGGAAUUGUGUGCCAGAACUAAUUGGAGGAGGCAAGAAAAGAUCGAAAGUGUCGGCGAGUGGAAAGCCAGGGUUUACGAAAUCCACAACGUACAUUUCAGUUUCAGAUCACGCAAAAUUGCCGCUGGUGAUAGCGACAUAGCCGGAAGCGAACAGAUCAUGCCACUAGAGCUUGAAGAAGACUCCGAUGACGGAUUUCUCGUCGCCGAAAAUCCACGUUUCAGCGUCUCCGAUCGCCGGAGACACAGUAGCUUCGUGAGCGGAGAUAGAGAAGUGAUAUCCGUGUCAAGAAAAAGCGUCGACAUCAUUCCAGAACGACGUCGUCGUCCACGAGCACCUCCUCCGCCUCCGAUGCCGCCGUUACCGGUUGUACAACCACAGACAAAAGAGAAGGAGUACGUUAAAACGUUACGGCCGUCAGUUUGGUUAACGGAAACGUUUCCGUUACAAACGGAAGAGCUGCUUCCGUUACUUGACAUUUUAGCUAACAAAGUAAAAGCUGUUAGACGGAUGAGGGAAUUGCUGACGACGAAGUUUCCACAAGGCACGUUUCCGGUAAAGGUGGCGAUUCCCGUGGUGCCAACCGUACGUGUUUUAAUAACGUUUACAAAGUUUGUCGACCUGCAACCACCAGAAGAACAGUUCUUCACACCGUUCUCCAGUCCCCGCCACUUUAUCAGUAGUGGAGAUGAGAACGAUGAUUAUGAGGUAACAGUAACAGAAACAGAAACAGAAACAGAAGCCCUUCGGGCUUCUGUUUCUGUUUCCUCUUCUGCAACGUGGUUGUCGAGGGGCGGCAGUCGGUCGGGGAUGUUGACGAAUAGGGUGGGACCGCCACAUGUGGCGGAUCCGUUUAGUGUACCGAUUGGGUACGCGUGGAGUAGUUUUGAUGAGAAAGGGAAGAAAAUGAAGAAAUCGAAGUCUAUGAGUAGGAAAAGUAAGUGAAUGUAAAAUGUAACAAUAAUUGUAUCGAGUUUGGUUGAAUUAGUUUGUAAUGGCUUUUAUGGAAUAUAGUUGUUGGGG